GGAGGGGGAAGGCGAAUGGAGGCCGUUGGUAUUUCAGAAUCGAAACAAUCGAGGCAGAAAUACACAAGAGAAACCUAAAUAAAAGCCUUUUGCUGUGUAUAUUCCUGAAAGUCGCGAUACGUAUCUGAAAAACACUCACGGCGGUGUUGACAGAGUGUGUGUGAGGCAGUGAUCAUCAGUUCUGAGCGUUUGUUUAUCUAGUGUUUAGAGCUCAGAGGCCCGGAUUCACUCUCUUCACCACCCAGGGAAUAUGAGACAGAUGCCACAAUGACAUCUAGAUUUGGAAAAACCUACAGCCGAAGAGGGGGAGAUGGGACCUCCAAGUUUGACGAGGUGUUGUCCAACAAAAGGGCCACGCUCAGCACCAAAUGGGGUGAAACAACUUACAAAGCCAAGGUGGGAGCAAAGAGGCCUGGUUUGAAGAUCGAGGUGACUGACCGGAACAAGAGGCCCAAGGUCGUGGAAGGUGACUCCUCAGAGGAUCCGUUUGGGUUUGACAGUGAUGAUGAGUCUAGACCGGUCACAUCUCGUAACGUAGCCCAGACCAAGCCUAAGGUGACAUCCAUCGGAGUCUCUCAGGCCAGCCUAACGCUGGAGCCCAACAGCAGGGUGAAUCAGCCGGCCAGUGUGGAGGCCGUGGCCCCCAGCAGGGCCCCUUUCACACUCAGUAGUGAAAGAAGUGCUCACAAAGUGCCAGAGGAUCCUGGGAAAUUCUUUAACACCUCUGCUGCAGGAAAGAUCCCGAGUUGGUCCAUCGAAGGCACAGAACGCCACAGCUAUUCGUGGUACAAAAACCCUUGUGAAAGCGACACGAGAUCUUUAGCCCAGACCACCACGUUGAAGUCUGAAAAAACAGAGGACAAGGAUUCCUAUGAUGCCUGGAGCGCUGUGGUCGGUCUCGGGGCACGCUCCACAUCCCUCUACACCGGCCCUGAAGACCCUCCGUCUACCAUGUGGCCGUCCAGUAGUUACGCUAGAAGCUCUCAGGGGAAAACAUCCACUGAGACUUACUUGGAGAAACUCGACCGGGGAGAUUUUUACGUUCCCGUAGAGCCGUCGGAAAGCGAAGACCACUCUCAGUCUCUGCUCAGGGCGUCUAACUGCAGGACGUAUUGCAGACCCAAUAAAGGCAAGCAGCCUGGUGGAGCAGAUGGCAGUGAAAGCGCCUCUGGUCACAGCUUCGGUGGAGUGGCACAGAACAGCGGGUCUGAUGGUAUCGGAAAAACGGCAGCGAGCAGAGGUCGGACAAGAGACUACACAGUGCUGCACCCAUCUUGUGUUUCCAUGUUUAAUGUCACCUUUCAGGACUCAAUGGACCGCGGGAUGGAGGAAUACACAUCCAGUUCUCCAGCGGCUGACGCAGGGGAUGCUGGAAGAGUGAAGAAGACUGAAAGCAAACCUGUCAGUCGAUCCAGACCCACGCAGAGCAAAGUAAAGGGCAGUAAGCUGGAGCUCUUCGGGUUCGAUGACACAGACCUGCUGGCUGAGGAUGAAGACGAGUCUGCUUCAGGAUGCUCCAAGUACAGGAUCAAAUACUUUGGUUUUGAUGACCUGAGUGAGAGCGACAGUGAAGAGGAGGGUUCCUCUGAAAGGAGGAAGGCUAAGAGAAAAGCUGAGAUGGGUGUAGCAAGGCCAAUGGUUCCGAUGGAGACAAAUGAAGACAGUCUUCAGCCCAUAGAGAUGCAGAUUGCUCAGAGCAGCCACGCAGCAGGUCAGAUUCAUGGCCCUAAACACGUUUUACGCUGUUCAGAUCCUCUGGAGUUCCCUGAAGUCCACUUCCCCUCCAUGUCUGAGACAGUCAGGAAGGCUCAGGUGAAACCUCAGGAGAAAGCCAAGGACAGCAACAGGAAGAUCUUCAGCGGGCCUAAAAAGUCGCCUACUAAAGCUGUGUAUAAUGCAAGACACUGGAACCAGCCAGAAGCGGAAGAACUGCCCUCACCUCCAUCCCGAUCUCAGGCUCCUCCAGCCGCUUCGUCAGGAGCCAGCAAAGAGUCGCACAAGGAUGAUGGGGUGUUCAAAGCCCCGGCCCCUCCUCCCAAAGUCAUCAAGUCCGUCACCAUCCCAACGGAGCCUUACCAGGACAUGGUCACAGCGCUCAAGUGUAGGAAGGAACACAAGGAGUUGUACACCGUCGUCCAGCAUGUUAAGCACUUCAAUGAUGUGGUUGAGUUCGGCGAGAAUCAGGAGUUCACCGACGACUUUGAGUAUCUUGCCACGGGUCUGAAGAGUGGCCAACCCCUUAACACACGCUGCCUUAGUGUUAUUAGUUUGGCCACACGAUGCGCCAUGCCUGGUUUUAGGAUGCACCUGAGGGCUCGUGGGAAAGUGGCUCAGGUCUUUAAAACCAUCAGUGAUGCGCCUCAGCACCCGAAUCUAGCUCUGUGUACGGCCUCGCUGAUGUAUAUUCUCAGCAGAGAUCGCUUGAACAUGGACCUGGAUCGGGCCAGUUUGGAUCUGAUGAUCCGGUUAUUAGAAUUAGAACAGGACAAAUCCACAGGCGAUCAACUUACGGCGAAAGAAAUGAACAAAGUAAAAGAGAAGAUUCGGAAGCUCUGUGAGACCGUCCACAAUAAGCAUCUUGACUUGGAGAACAUCACAUCGGGACAUUUAGCCAUGGAGACGCUGUUGUCGCUGACCUCAAAGAGAGCAGGGGAUUGGUUUAAAGAAGAACUCCGGCUUCUUGGAGGCCUGGAUCACAUUAUAGAUAAAGUGAAAGAGUGUGUGGAGAACCUGAGCCGAGAAGAUGAUAAAGAGAACCUGGUGGCGUCAUUGUGGGGGGCUGAGAGAUGUCUGCGUGUACUAGAAAGUGUAACCGUUCACAAUCCAGAAAACCAGGCCUACUUGAUCGCCUACAAGGACUCUCAACUCAUAGUGUCUUCAGCUAAGGCUUUGAGUCGCUGUGAAGAUAUGAUCCAGAGGUACAGUCGAGAGGUGAACAGAGGUCUGUGCUCAUCCGGAACGCCGUUGCCCUACUGCAGUAACAGUAACGUGGGGAAAGCCGUGGAGGACUGCAUGCGAGCCAUCAUCGGAGUCCUGCUUAAUCUCACACACGACAACGAGUGGGGCAGCACGAAGACGGGCGAGCAGGAGGAUUUCAUCACCACGGCGCUAAACUGUGUGCUCAGGGUCCCACAGUACCUCCCGCAGGAGCAGAGGUUCGACAUCAGAGUCCUGGGUCUGGGCUUGCUCAUUAAUCUGGUGGAGUACAGCGCGAGGAACAGACACUGUCUGGUGGAGCUGCAGAUGGAAAGUGAAGUCUGGGACUCUAUGUGUGUUUCUGACAAAGAUCAACUGCAGACCGAAGGGUCACUCAGUGCCAUUGCUGCUCUAGUGAAGCUUUUCCUCCAGCGAGAACAUGCAGCCAUGUUGGCGGAGACGGAGACUGAUGACUUCAUCAAUGAUGCACCCAAACCCCAGCUGGACAAGAGCGGGGAGUGGAAGGAAACCACUGAGGGGAUCCAAUGGGUAGCUUCAGAAAACCACAGCACAGAUGAUGAGAAGAAGAAGGAAGAGGACGACGAAGAACUAGAUCUCAACAAAGCUCUUCAACAUGCUGGCAAACACAUGGAGGACAGUAUUGUGGCAUCAUACACUGCACUGCUUUUGGGCUGUCUAUGCCAGGGGAGCCCUACGAUUGUGACUACUGUGAGGGAAAACCUGCCGAAAGGGGAUUUUUCAGUCAUGACAGAGAUGCUUAAGAAGUUCCUGAAUUUCAUGAACCUCACAUGUGAUGUGGGCACCACCGGGCAGAAGUCUAUCUCCAGGGUCAUUGAUUAUCUGGAACAGUGCUAGUGUGUUAGUGGAGCUCACACGCACUGACCUCAGCACAUACCUGUCCUGCCCGACACCUGGAGAACAAAACCCAUCGUCACCCGUUCAGAAAGACUGCGGAUCAACGUGUAAAGCACACCACACACUGAACUGUAUUAAAAGAGUCAUUUUGAUUUCAAGUUUGUCAGAAGUUGUUCAUCAUCACAGCAUUGAGUGAUAGACUGUUAUUCUGUCCCUCUCUUGUAAAGUCCAUGUUGUUGCCUUGUAAUUUCCCUUUCUGAGUGGCAGAAAACUGGUACAAGUUGGAUGUCGGUCCAUUGUCUGUAAAUUUCAAAUGAGUGUUCGGCACCGACACGAACUAUUGAAGGGCAAAUCCAAAAUGCCGUUCAAGAUUCUCUUCUCUUUGAAUGCCCUCCUGGUUCAGAACCAUCCACUCGUUUUUUAACCGAUAGCGCCGUGUCAAAGGUCUGCGAAUGAAUAAACCGCGUCUCUUUUCGUUUUGCGCUGGCAGGAAAACAACGAAACGUUUUAAAAAGGUUUUAACUGCCGUAUAACGUAUGGUGCGGAUUUCAUAAUGCUAACGGUAAAUGUGAAGGGGUACUUAAGUACCUGAAUCCCAAACCUUGUGUGACUCAAAAAAGACAUUUUAAGGUUGUACAUUGAAAUCAUGCGUUAUGCCGAAGGUAGAAAGGGCCAGAAGUAUCGUAACAUGACGCGAGUUUAAAUUCUUGACUACGGGACCAUGUCUUUGAAUUAAAGUGCGUUUUAAAAAUCUUGAAGUUGUGGCCAGAUAGUAACUCAUUUCUUAAGCAUGCGGUACUGCUGAGGUUCUGUUAGGGGGAACGUUGCCGCCUCACGAGAGUUUUACAGAAUGACGGUUACCAUCUUGUCACAACGGUUACCAUCUUAUCACAACAAGACCGUUGCGCGGAACACGCAUCAAACUUUCAAAAUUGAAUUUAGCACUUGAUGUCUUAAGCUCUCUGAUCAGGCCAGUACGUUACACAUUUUUGACCCGAACCAUUUUCAUCCUUUCUAUGUUAGUCAGUGUUUUUCUAAGCAUGCUACUGUUUGUUUACAUCCACCGUUAAACGCCCUCAACGAUAAGCUUGGCGGAGACUCUUUUGGUGUCAAACGUUCAGACAGUUUGCUGCCGUUGUCGAAAAGCAUAGACUGAAAUGAACGUUUGCGCAUGCAGCUCCGUUCACGCUGUGGGCAUGAACAUCGAGAUCUUUGUCGAACAUGUUCCUUUGUGUUUCUUGGGGUUGUGUUUGUUCUCACUGUUAAAUCGCUUUGGUUUUCACUCCUGUUACGCAACGCACUGUCGGGUGUUUUCAAGGCCGAGUCUCUGUUGGGUCGUGCCGUUCCGGGCCCGGUCAGGCAGUGUGUGUAUGUGUGAGAGCUCCGGACAGCACAGCUGGACACGAAUGAAGCCACAUGAACUGUAUAUACUCCUGUAAAUAUUGGCUGUUGGAGAACUAGAUAGACUACUUUUUUCUGAACCCUUUUUAUUUUAUACCGCAUUUUUCUCAGUUGUGUUUUUUGAGGUAAGAGUCAUCGAAAAGCCAACUGCAGGAACAUGAAAUUUGUACCAAUUUCAAAAAUAAUGUCUUUGGUUACUUGUAUAUAAUUUUAAUGCAAAUAAAAAUUGCUACUUUCAGUA